AUGGCUGCAGAAACUGGUCAAGUUGAGACCGCAGAUGUUCUGAUAAAGUACAAAGCAGACGUGAACCGUGAAAACAACUUGGAAUGCAGAGCGGCGCCGUUGCACAUUGCUACUUUCAUGGGGAGCGAUUGCAUGGUGCGGACGCUGGCGGCUGCAAGGGCGCAAGUGGACAAGACGACCACUCGAGGGCAUACGGCCUUGCAUUAUGCCGCUUGGGGAGGUCAUGUGGAUGUGGCCAGAGCCCUGCUAGAGGCUGGAGCCGAUAAGCACCUGUCGGUUGGCAAUCCACGGCGUGGCAUCAAUGCAAUCUUCAUGGCAGUCAUCCAGGACCAGGAGGAUGUGCUGCAGCUGCUCUUCCAAGGCGACCAACGCGGUGCGAACUUCUGCAAUUUGCUGCUGCACGUGGCGGCCAGGAAUGGCCAGGUGCAGACCAUCAAAACUUUGUGCGAGUCGCGGUGUGAUGUGAACAUGACAGCGACCACGGAGGACAUCGCAGGUCUGGUGGAUGCUGCCAAAGAAGCGCAAUGCCAGCAUCCCUGCAACACGCCAAGCACUCUCAUUGCUUUGGAGGAAAACUUUGACCAACAGGUUGAGGAAGAACCCGAAGAAGAAGCUGAGGGAGACUUUGAGGAAGAUUUGAUUCAUGCUCCUGACGAUUGCGAGGCGUGUUACGGAGGUGGUGUUACUACUGCCCCCUGGUUAGAUGUUGAUACGCUGCAAGUUGGCUCCACGCCUCUCUUCAUGGCGGCAUACUAUGGCCACAGUGCGUUGAUUCCGAUCCUCCUGGAAGCUCGGGCCCACAUCGAUCAGCCAGACAUCUUCGGCUACGACCCUCUGUCUGCAGCAGCUGAAGAGGGGAUGCUGGAAGUCGUAAAGAUCCUGUGCCGGAACCGAGCCAAUGUGAAUGGUCCAUUUAGCAAGUUCUUUGGCAAGUGGGCUGGCAUGAGCCCAGAUCAGGUACGCGAGGAGGUGCUUCAGAACUUAGAACCGUUUGCGCGCUUCAAAGGUGUUCAGGAGCUUCAUGACAAGCUUUCAUCUGGUUCUAGUGGGGAAGCCCUGGUGCUUAUAAAUGCAUGCAAAUGCGUCCACGUGAUGAAGAACUGGUGCUUCCAAUCCAGAAGUAACUGGUGGCAAAGCGAGGUUCCACAGAUUGCACCGCGAGUCCGUCGCUUCCUGGACUGA